AUCGUCUCCUGUUGAUAGCUACCCUUAUUGACCUGUCGCCGGCCUCUGCUCUACCCUAGCUAGGUACAUGUGCUUGAUGCACUUUCCCUUCCGGCAGCCUGGAACGUUCUGAACAACCUUGAACUUCUCCUGCUCCCCCCCCCCCCGGCCCGGCUUUUGUAUACAUAUGAGUGCUACCCCGGACUUUGACUAAAAGCCACAACUGUCCCUUUCCCUCUUUCCGACCUCAACCAACUGCCAGACAAAUCGCUCCUUUGCACGUGCUAUCGGCCAGCACGCUUCUGUUCAACCCCCUGAGCCAACUCGGGGGCUUCUUCUCCCAGUCCUACCCAGGGACCUUUCCACCAGGAUCCGACCAUGUCUGGCAGGCGGGAAAGCCUCUCUGUCCCAGAGAGGACCGACACCAAGGAUCCCGGCGCGCGAGAGCUAGAUUCUGAUUCCGAGGACCACUUCUCCGACGCUCAGUCCGCCCCUCACAGCCCAAGUGCUUCCCCUGUUCCCAAGCUUCGAGUCGAGAAGACCAGCAAUGAGCCUUCCUAUGGCGAAGUCCCCGGGACGGAGGCGUACAAGUUGCGGCAGGAGGAUGCUGAGCCGGAUGAGAUAGCGGUUGUCACCGAGGAGCAGGAGGCGGGUCAAGAGGAGGAACAAGAGCUCAGAUCACCCACUCCUGGCGGCCGUCCCAUCCCCAAGACCGUGGUUGAGGAGAGCGACGGCAACACGGAGGAACAGUCCCACCCAGAGAAGAAGUACACGGCAGACACGCCGGCAGAUAUUGUACUCAAGGCUGAUGGGUCUUCGGACGGGGAAGAGGGAAAGGACCAAGAACCAAUAUCACCAGCAUUGUCCUCGCCAUCGUCCGUCCACUCGAGGCGAAAGUCCUCUGUUGCCAGUCACGAUGAGCCCGCCGAUGAUGGCUUCGCCGAUGACUUUGACGACUUCGAGGACGGUGAUGACGACGCGGACUUCGGCGACUUCGACGAUGGUUUCCAGGGGCCCGAAACGCCCGCCCCUCCUCCCGCCCCAUCAGCAGCACCGGCCGUACAGCCCUUGUCAUUCCCCAUACCGGACUUCGACGGCAUGGACACAGACGACAUCUUCAACACCACAGAACCCUACCUCAACGCCCUCUUUCCCACCACAGCAGAAGACGAGGGCAUCACAGUAACACCGCCACCAAAAGACAAUCCUAUAUUCUUUACUCCACGCUCUGCCUCCCUGUGGUCCCAGCUCGUCGCCCCACCACCGCUUCAACCGCCUGACUGGAUCCGUUCGCGCAUCCGGCGACUUUUCCUCGUUUCCCUUGGCGUUCCUGUCGACCUGGACGAGAUUCUGCCAGCGUCAAAACAGAAGAAGCUGGUCUUGCCCUCAGUCCACUCACCCAGGACAUCCAACGACUCCCGCAGAUCCGGCUCGAAAGGCCCCUCUCGCAUCAAGACUGGCCAGCCGGGGCAGGAGAGCGGCAGCCCAUCAGAUUCAGGGGGCGGGACAGGCGGAGGCGGAGGGGGUGGAGGGGGUGGAGCGCGCACCGGAACGAAGCGCAAGGCCCCGCCGCCCGAGUUCGACCUGGUGGCCGCGAAGCAGCUGUGCGCGACGACCGACGAGGCCCUCGACGGGAUGACGGACGCCGAGCUCAAGGAGCACGUCAAGAAGCUCGAGGGCCUCGACGGAACCGCUAAGUCGGUCCUUGACUACUGGCAGCAGCGGACGGACGAGCAGAUUGGGGAGAGGGAGGCUUUCGAGGGCGUUAUCGAGAACCUGGUGAAGCACGCCCGCAAGACGAGAAAGUAGAGAUGGAUUAUGCGUCCAUGGAAGACAAUGACGAAAAUGACCGGCGGGCAUAGAUACUGGAAGCAGGCGGAGGCACUCGGAGCAUAGGAGGUCUGCUGUAAUGGAACUUCGGAAACCCGUCAGGCUUGACGACUAGAACUUUGGGCCACAGACUCGAAGGCAGAAGCACAACUUUCACACUGCAGGUACCUGCUUGUGGAGUUGAGGAAUUUAAUAUACACACAUUUGUAAGCA